AUGUGGACUGGGUCUAGACAAGUGAUGGGCAAUUCUUUACGUAGAGUUGAUAAAUUGAAAGUAAGAAUGUUACCGACAAUAAUUGCACCGAAAUGUCCAGUGCUCGUGGAUCAAAGGAUUCAGAUUAAAGUGAAAAAUUUGAGCCCAUUUCAAAGUGUAACCUUGCGAGUUGAGCUCAAUUCUGACAAAUCGGAGCUUUUUGAAUCAUAUGGACACUACAUCGCAGACAAAGAUGGUGAGCUGAAUUUGUCACGAGAUUCUUCUUUUGGAGGUACCUACAAAGGCAUUGACAACAUGGGUUUAUUUUGGAGCAUGUUGUUAGUACCAGGGCAACGAAAAGGGGUCAGGUUUCUUGCAAGAGAUGUCACUAAACCGAUGGAAUUUAGGGUUUUCUUGUUUGACAGGCACGUUAUGUCUCAAGGGAAUGUAGAUAACCCGAAGCAAGCCGUUGAAAAGCUUCCUGAGCCUCUAGCAAAAACGAAAAUUUUACGAACAUAUCUGGCUGAUCAUGUGGAACGCAAGGAGAUAAGUGUUGGCCGCAUAAGAGGGACAUUGUUUGUUCCAAAAGGAAGCAGAAAAUUACCAGGUGUCAUUGACAUGUUUGGUGCUGAUGGGGAUCUGAUUGAGUCUAGGGCAGCCAUUUUGGCAUCUCAUGGAUUUGUCACGUUUGCAUUGGCCUAUUUUGGAUACAAAGAUCUGCCUAAAAGCCCAAACAACAUUGAUUUGCAGUAUUUCAUCGAGGCUGUUAAAUGGUUUGCAAGUCAUGAAAGGGUUUAUCCAUCUGGCAUUGGAUAUAUAGGUUCUUCCGCUGGCGGUCAGAUUGCUUUGAAUGUUGGCACAGAAUGUUCUCUGGUUAGGGCUGUUGUUGGUAUUUCUACGGCUGACAUUUUGGCAAUUACACUUAAAUAUAAGGGGGAAGUUAGGGGCUUAAAUGGGGGAUUCAAACCGGAACAUUGCCAUAUAAAUGAAAAGAAUGAAGUUCUUUCUAUAGACGUUGACAAACUGGACCCUGUUGAAUUUCGAAACAGCAAGAAUCCAGUUGAAAAAUUCGAAGGGAAGAUCAUGCUGGUCACAGGAGAUGAUGACAUGUGUCCUAAUAUGUCUGAUUGUGCACUGAGAAUGCAGAGGAGGCUAAAUGAACAUGGCAGAGAGUCUGCAACUAUUCUUCAUUAUCCAGGCACCGGACAUUUAAUCGAUGUUCCUUUUAUGCCAACAUGUCGUAUUGCUUACUUUCCAUAUCAUGAAGUUUAUAUUUUAUGGGGAGGGAGUGUAACUGAGCAAUCUGCGGCACAUGAGCAUGCAUGGAGAGCUAUCAGAAGAUUUCUCUUGGAAAAUGUAUGAGAUUCAUCUUCUGAAUUACAGUCGUAUCAAUAAAACUGAAAUGAUACAACUUGGGAAAGAAAAAUUUAAUUACCUACAGUUACUAGCUUCAAGAAAGACCUCUUAAAGAAAGCAAAUGAUCGCGUUUAUUGAUAUUUCCGCCUCUGGUGUAUUUUCCCGUUAAUACUGUGACAGACCAAUACUUUUAUUUUUGUGUGGAAUGACUGAGUUUCGGAGUAUGGUUAGGGAAGACUAAGGUUUUUAAGAUGAAGACAAGAGUUUUUCAGAGAAAUACUAGUGUUUUUCAGAUAAAGCUAGGGCUUUUCAAAUAAAGGCUAGGUAUUUUCAGAUUAAGACCAUGUAUUGUUCAUUGUUAAUAUAAGCGCUAUCCACAAGUUACUUAAAAUUUCAUGAAAGUUGCCCGUAGAAUAUAGAGACGUUGCUUAAAAGUUGCCUGUUUUUGAAUAAACUCUUGCUCGAUUACUUUAAAGCUAUUCAUAGAAUUGAUUUUCAAAAAAGCAAACACAUUGUUUAAAGUAUAAUAUUAUUGAGACAUAAUAAUUAAAUAUGUAAGAAUGCAUUAACAUCAGACUCGUACAAAAUUUAUUCAUUCAAAAACAAACUGUGUCAUAUGCAUACAACUGCUCAACAUUACAGAUGCCUCUACUGCUUCCUCCAAAACAGCUUGCUGUUCAUUUAAAAUGCGCUUUUCAUGCCCCUGAAAAGCUUUCUCAGCUGAUGUAGAAUUUAAUCGUACAACCCAUACCUUCUUUCAUGCGCUUUUCCAUCCAUCAAGAGUGCUUGCAUUGCAUCACUUUCCCACCAUCUCAACUUUUCAUCCUCAGCUUGAGUUUAUGUACCCUGGGCCGAAGCUACAAUCUUGACAAAAAAUAGCUGAAACUUGUUACCGAAAAAUGAAGUCAAAUGUCUUAUCUUUAUAUGAAGCGUGCUAAACUACUAAUAACCACAUUGAAAAGGGGUGGGUGGGUAGGUGGGGGGUGGGGACGGGGGCUGUAUAAUUUGGAACUACCUUAAUUUUCUGCGAGUGUCUUAUCUUUUUGCCAGGACUGUAAGUUUACAGGAGGUUCUUCAGCAGAUCCAGCAAUAUUAAUAUUACCAUCAUCAUCCAUGAAAAGGAAAUUUUAAAACAGCUGCAAAGUGGGAGAAUCUGAAUCCGAGCCUGAAAAAGGCAAAUAAUUUCAAAACUUUAUGCAUGACUUUGCGUGUAUUUAUAGUUGAUUCAAGUUCAAGUGACAGUUGAGAGUUUUCAAUUCAACAUCUAUUAUAGUCAGAGAGCUAGAGAACUUAAAAUUUGCCUGCAGCCCAAUGCCUGCACCCCCUCCCCCCUCCUCCCGCCCAACCCCGGCGUUAGAAAAAGUUUAAUUUGGCCUCGAUUUGACUUUUCUUGUGAACACCACAAAAUGGCGGGAGUAAUCAAGUUCGUGCAAAUGAUAUUGGAUGCGAAUGCAAUCUGGGCAUUAAGGAUCCCUGUGUAAAGUUUUUAACGAAUACGUUUCCGGUGUUCCAGAAAGCAGAGACAGAAAUGUCGUUUCCAAGAAUGAGAGCAGAUCAGGCAAGAUUUGAGUGCCUUUGAAUUUCAACAAAAGGAGUUCACACCAACUAGCGUGGUUGGAUUUUCUGAACAAUUUGCGUUGGGUUGUAAACAUCUGACUUUGCGAGUGGAUUUUUACGGAAUUUUGAUUUCUUUUGAGGUAAAGUUAUGGAAGACUUUGGCCGCUCGCAUUUCAGAUUUACGAAGAACGUCUUUCCUUCAACCCUCAAGCAGUUGGAGUGAAACGAAGCAUUUUGUGAACUUGUGAACUUUAUACAUAUCUUCAAGAACUGAGGACAUACAGUUUCAAUGUAAUUUAAUGUAUUCAUUUUUAUUUAAUUCAAUAAUUCAGUAUCCUACAACCCCCGAAUGUUCCCUUAGAAUAUUUAUCGCCGUUUAACUUGAUAAUUCCUGUUGCAUUAAGCGAGAUGCUUUGAAUCGGUUUGUUUUUAUAUUCCUUCUUAAAACUGUCUACGAGCACGCAAAUCUUUGCUGCCCUCAGCCGCAUUUGACAAGUAUUUCAGCUACAUUUUGCUAGUUAUAAAAGUUGCGAAACGUUUCGAUCUUCUUGUUCACUGGACACCGCCGUUUUCCCUUGAAUUUCUCCAGAUUUUUCUUUGUCAUUUUCCUUUGAAUUUCCCCCCGAUUUUCUAUUGUAUUUUGCCUUAUAAUCUUUUGAAUUUCCCCCCGUUUUCUAUUGUAUUUUGCCUUAUUAUCUUUUGAAUUUCCCCCCGUUUUCUAUUGUAUUUUGCCUUAUUAUCUUUUGAAUUUCCCCCCGUUUUCUAUUGUAUUUUGCCUUAUUAUCUUUUGAAUUUCCCCCCGUUUUCUAUUGUAUUUUGCCUUAUUAUCUUUUGAAUUUCCCCCCGUUUUCUAUUGUAUUUUGCCUUAUUAUCUUUUGAAUUUCCCCCCGUUUUCUAUUGUAUUUCGCCUAAAUUUCUUUUGAAUUUCCCCCCGUUAUCUAUUGUAUUUCGUCUCAAUUUCUUUUGAAUUGCCCCCUGAUUUUCCAUUGUAUUUUGCCUAAAUUUCUUUUGAAUUUCCCCCCGUUUUCCUUUGUUUUUCGCCUAAAUUUCUUUUGAAUUUCCCCCCGUUAUCUAUUGU